AUGGAGAUGCCAACGUCGCAGAAAUUAACUCUGGGUUACGCUACACUGGUUGGAGUGGGAGGGGUUAUGGGACACUUGAAGAGCGGGAGUCAGAAGUCGCUUGUGGCUGGAGGCAAAUCGGCCUCACUGCUCUAUGUUGUUUACACUCAGCUUCCAUCUGCUCUUGGGUAUCACUUCGAGAUCGAGAGAGUCUCAGGUGCACUUGUGGGAGUGAUGGGCUUGCGAUAUAAGAGAACUGGUAAAGUCGUUCCAGCCGGUGCGGUGUCUCUGGUCUUGCUAGUAAUGGCUGGUGGUUACUUACAUGGCAUAACUCGGAGCCUUCACUGA